AUGUCAGACUUUGAAGAUGAGAUGGACAUUGACGCUGUGGCGCAACCCAAGGAUGUUAUGUUCUCGGGCGACAACACGGCCAAGGGCAAGCGCAGCGCCGCCAAUCUGCCCGUCGAGGCCGAAGACAGCCUUCCAUGGGUCGAAAAGUACCGCCCGGCAACGCUCGACGACGUGUCUGGCCACCAGGACAUUCUCGCAACAAUAAAUAAGUUCGUCGACUCGAACCGGCUCCCCCAUCUGCUGCUGUACGGGCCGCCCGGCACGGGUAAGACGUCGACCAUCCUCGCGCUCGCGCGGCGCAUCUACGGCACCGACAACAUGCGGCAGAUGGUGCUGGAGCUCAACGCGUCCGACGACCGCGGCAUCGACGUGGUGCGCGAGCAGAUCAAGACCUUCGCCUCCACCAAACAAAUCUUCACCGUGAACCCGUCGCCGGCCGCGGCCGGCCGCUCCGGCGGCGUGGCGUCGUACAAGCUCAUCAUCCUCGACGAGGCCGACGCCAUGACCAACACGGCGCAGAUGGCGCUGCGCCGCAUCAUGGAGAAGUACACGGCCAACACGCGCUUCUGCAUCAUCGCCAACUACUCGCACAAGCUCAGCCCGGCGCUGCUGUCGCGCUGCACGCGCUUCCGCUUCAGCCCGCUCAAGGAGCAGGACAUCCGCGUCCUCGUCGACAAGGUCGUCGAGGAAGAGAACGUCAACAUCCUACCCGAGGCCACCGAGUCGCUCGUGCGCCUCAGCCGCGGCGACAUGCGCCGCGCGCUCAACGUGCUGCAGGCGUGCCACGCGUCAAGCACACCGCUGCACGAGCUCGGCAAGCCCAAGACAGCCGAAAAGGACAUCGUGCGCGAGACCAUCACGACGGAGACGAUCUACACAUGCGUGGCCGCGCCGCCGCCGGACGCGAUCAAGAAGAUCAUGCACACCCUCCUCAACACGUCCGACGUGACGUCGUGCCUGUCGACCAUCAACACGCUCAAGGCGGCGCAGGGGCUGGCGCUGGCCGACAUCAUCACCGCACUGUCCGAGGAGCUGGCCAAGCUCGAGGUGCGGCCCGAGGUCAUGAUCACGUGGCUCGACGCGCUGGCCGACGUCGAGCACCGCGUGGCCAGCGGCGGCGGCGAGGCCAUCCAGACGGGCGCCGUCGUCGGCGCCAUACGCAACGGCGUCGAGCUAAUGGGUUGA